AUGACAACAACUGCAACACGACAAAUUCACAUCAUUAUACGUGAUAACGUGACUCAAGCUUGUCCGGGUCAGCACUUCGAAUUAAUUGAUCGGAAAACGAUAAAUGUGCAGUUUGAGUUUAUGCCGUUGAUUGGUGAUGCCGACCAAUUAUUAAUUACAGAACAAAAUGGAAAUACACGAACGAUUACGUUUCCGGAAUGUUUUCGUGCGCGAUUGAAUUUUCAAUUAAAGAAACUAAUCAGCAAUCCAUAUAUUGAAUCUUUCAUACAGCUUGGGACAAAUAUACCGUGCAAGAUGGAGGAGGAUGAAGUCACCAGUGAUAUUCAACACAUUUGCACAAAUAUUACGCAAGAAGAUUGGUGUCCAAAAAGUGAUAAUCAAAAGUUGAGAUCAAUGCUUAAUGGGAAAAGUACAUGCAGGUUUUGUAAUUUGUGCCAGCCGUUAAAAUCAUUUGAUAGAGAUGUGGAAAGUUAUAUUCAGAGCGAAGGACCCAAUCAGUGCAAUUCCACGUCGCUUUAUAAAACUUUCAUUAUUCAGAUUUGCACGCCGUCAUCAAAACAAUUACGACAAAAAAACCUUCAAUAUAAUGGAAAAUUAGAAGAAUACUGGAAUUAUUUAAAACAGGGCGUUCUAACAGCAGUAGUUCACAUCAUGGAUCGUCCACAGUUAGGAGAAACCAAUCUACGGCAGUGUCAGCGUUUAUGCAGGACCUAUGAAAACUACCCAACCAUUUCCGAAUCAUAUCGCGCAACGCUACUGCAAACCAUUGAAGAACUUUGUGUUCCAGUUGAUUCAUACGUCGCUUGCAUCUAUCACACCAUAAAAUUCGAUGUUAUCGAUAGCUAA